AUGGCAUCGAUUAAUUAUGAUAAAAUCAAAACAGAUGCCGCUCAACAUCCAAAACCACAAGAUAUUAAAUACACUCAUGGAACAGCCGGAUUUCGAAUGAAAGUUGGUAUUUUGGCAGGUCUUCGUUCAAAGAAACUCGACGGUAAAGUUAUUGGAGUCAUGAUCACUGCAUCCCAUAAUCGAGAAAUUGAUAAUGGAGUAAAACUUGUGGAUCCAUAUGGUGAAAUGCUUCAUCAAUCAUGGGAAGGAUAUGCAACUCAAUUAGCAAAUGCUCAAACAGAAGAUGAACUUGUUGAAAUCAUUAAAACCAUUGUGAAAGAAUUUGAUAUUGAUGAAACUAAACCAUCCAAAACCACACCACAACUUCAUUAUGUUACAUGUUGUUUAAAUACACAAGGAACUGAGAAAAGUUAUGGAGAACCUACUGAAGCAGGUUAUUAUAAGAAAUUAGCAAAUGCUUACCGACGAAUUAUGGAAGGAAAAUCACGUCCUUCUUUAUUAUAUGUGGAUUCAGCUAAUGGUGUAGGUGCAAUUAAACUUAAAGAACUCUCAAAUUAUAUUGAUAAAGAUAUUCUAGAUGUCAUAGUACUUAAUGAUGACAUAAAAACCCAAGGAAAAUUAAAUCAUUUGUGUGGAGCAGAUUAUGUUAAAUCCAAUCAAAGAUUACCAAUUGGAAUAAAUAUCAAAGCUGGAGAACGAGCAGCUUCAUUUGAUGGUGAUGCUGAUCAUGGAACAUUUAGAUUAUUUGAUGGUGAUAAAAUUAGUUCAUUAGCUGGAAGUUUUAUUAUUGAUCUUGUUAAGGCAGCAGGACUUGAAGGUAUAAAUGUAGGAGUUGUUCAAACUGCGUAUGCCAAUGGAAGUUCUACUCAUUAUCUGGAAAAAGUUAUGAAAGUUCCUGUAUCAUGUGUUCCCACUGGUGUGAAACAUCUUCAUCAUGAAGCUGAAAAAUUUGAUAUUGGUAUUUAUUUUGAAGCCAAUGGACAUGGAACUAUUUUAUUUAGUCCAACUGCAAUGAAAAUUAUUCAACAAGAAGACGCCAUCGAAAGAUUACGUGCGUUAACGGAAUUGAUUAAUCAAACUGUAGGAGACGCGUUAUCUGAUUUAUUGCUUGUUGAAGCAAUUCUAGCCAAUAGGCAAUGGACUUUAAAACAAUGCAAUGAAGCAUAUAAAGAUUUACCUAAUCGUUUAGUUAAAGUUAUCGUUACUGAUCGUCAUAUAUUCAAAACGACUAAUGCCGAAAGAACUCUUGUUGAACCGGCUGGACUUCAAGGGAAAAUUGACGCAUUGGUUGGGAAAUAUAAAGAUGGAAGAUCAUUUUGUGAUGAAUUAGCAUAUAGCGUUUCCGGUCUCGUUUAUGAUGAAGCUGGCGGUACUGGUGGAAGACCUGAUGAAUUUUUGUGA